GUUGGGAUGAGAGUAUGGCUUGCCCACUGCACGUGGUCGGGCGGAUUCUUAACCCGGUCAACCAGGAGGAGCGGAUUUUUGGGCCGGACACGGAGUGCACCAAUGUGUUCAAAGCUUUCAUUGCCCGCCACUAUGGCGGGCAGCAGCGAGUGGAUGGCGUCCAGCGCCAUGGGCGUGCCCUGCAUCAGCAGCGUGGGCCCCACCGCGCGCACCUCCGCCACGCUGCGCACGUGCCCCGCGGCGGCAUGAGCGCGCGCCAGCACCUCCCGCCAGCGUGCCACCAGCUCCACCAGGUCCCCCGCCAGCUCGCCCUCUGCCCGCCCACCGCCGCCUGCCGCACCUGGUGGGACGGGAGGGGGGUGAGAGGGGGGAGAGGGGGAGAGGGGGAGAGGGAGAGGGGGAGAGGGAGAGGGAGAGGGGGAGAGGGGAGAGGGGAGAGGGGGGAGAGGGGAAGAGGGGGAAGGGGAGAGGGGAGAGGGGGAGAGGGGGAAGGGGGGAGAGGGGGGAGAGGGGGAGAGGGGAGAGGGAGGGGGAGAGGGAGAGGGGGAGGAGGAGAGGGAGGAGAGGGGGGAGAGGGGGAGAGGAGGGAGGAGGGAGGGGAGAGAGGGAGAGAGGGAGAGGAGGAGAGGGGGGAGAGGAGAGGGGAGAGGGGGAGAGGAGGGAGAGGAGAGGGGGAGAGGGGAGAGGGGAGGGAGGGGAGAGGGGAGAGGGGAGAGGGGAGAGAGGGAGAGGGAGAGGAGGGAGAGGAGGAGAGGGAGGGGGAGAGGAGGAGAGGGGAGAGAGGGGGAGAGGGUGAGAGGGGGGAGAGGGGUGAGAGGGUGCAGUGGGGUGGCAGGUAGUGGGACCUGGACGGAGAAGCA